UCCAGGCUCCGGGUCGGACCAGCAUCAGCAGCAGCAUCAGCAGCAGCAGCGUCACACGCACUUCACGCACUUCACGCACAGCGGAUGAACGGAGCCAGAGACCCGGUGGAGGAUGAUGCUCACACCGGCUCAGAAGGGCUUCCUCUCCGGGAUCAUUUAGCAGGCAGCAGCGGUGCGGUCGCCGGUUCUGGUGUAAGAUGCACGGGGUCGAACCGGGUGCGCUGGUCGGCCUAGCUCAGCUCGGCUCGCCUCGCCUCUUUCUAUUCUAGUACUUCUUUAUUGCAUCGAUAUUAUUUCCAGGUCAAAACCUCGGUUUCCUGUGCGGCUUGUCUGCACUAAAAAUGGCCGGAGAUGGCGGCGCUCUGAAGGAUAUCAAUGAGAUUAAAUCCCAGUUCCGGACCCGGGAGGGUUUCUACAAGCUGCUCACCCUCUCGGACUCGCAGCAGCGGGGCGGGCUGCCGCGGGGUCCGGCCGCUGGAGGCACGCUGGGCCCCGGGCCCGGACCCGGUCCGAUACCGGGCGGAGGGGUCGGGCUGCUGCAGGGGCCCGGGGCUGCUGCCGCCGCCUCCUCUUCCUCCAAUGCCGCAGCCAACUCCUCCCCGGCGGGCUUCCUGCCGCCGGUCCGGGUCUCCAUGGUGAAGCUGCAGCCCGAGGACCCGGGCGAGGAGUCGGAGAGGGUGUGCUUCAACAUCGGCCGGGAGCUGUACUUCUACACCUACACCAACAUCAAGAAGGCUGUAGACCUCAGUAAGCCAAUAGACAAGAGGAUCUACAAGGGGACCCAGCCAACGUGUCACGACUUCAACCAGUACUCGGCCACAGCAGAGAGUGUCGCUCUCAUCGUGGGGUUCUCCGCCGGACAAGUCCAGUAUCUCGACCCCAUUAAGAAGGAAACCAGUAAACUCUUCAAUGAGGAGAGGUUGAUAGACAAAUCCAAGGUGACGUGUCUAAAAUGGCUUCCCAAGUCCGAGAACCUGUUCCUGGCCUCCCAUGCCAGUGGCCACCUCUACCUCUACAACGUGGACCACCCAUGCGGCACCACAGCCCCCCAGUACUCUCUGCUGCGGCAGGGAGAAGGCUUCGCCGUCUACGCCUGCAAAACCAAGACGCCGCGCAACCCGCUGUUGCGAUGGGCCGUGGGCGAAGGGGGCCUCAAUGAGUUUGCUUUCUCCCCGGAUGGCGUCCAUGUGGCGUGUGUGGGCCAGGACGGCUGCCUGCGCGUCUUCCACUUUGACUCGAUGGAGCUGCAGGGGGUGAUGAAGAGUUACUUUGGGGGGCUGCUGUGCGUGUCGUGGAGUCCAGAUGGGAAAUACCUCGCCACAGGCGGAGAGGAUGACCUGGUUACCGUCUGGUCAUUUGCAGAAAGCCGUGUGGUAGCAAGGGGGCACGGCCACAAGUCUUGGGUGAACGUGGUGGCUUUUGACCCCUUCACAACCUCCCUGGAAGAUGAUGAGCCGAUGGAGCUUAGCGGCAGUGAGGAGGACCUCCACCAGGGGGCGCCAAACAACACCAUGCACUUUGGCCGGGUCCGAACAAGCAGCACGUUGUCGCGUCUUUCUCGGCACAGCUCUAAAGGUGGAGGUACGCCGUCGGUCACGUACCGGUUUGGCUCAGUGGGGCAGGACACCCAGUUCUGUCUGUGGGACCUGACGGAUGACGUGUUGUACCCACGCUUGCCGCUGUCCCGCGCAUUCACUAACACUUUCGGACCCUCGCUAUCCAACUCUGGCAGCGGGGUGGUCAACAGCACCUCAGGUGGGGGAGGAAGUGGAGGGGUUGAGGGGCACCAUCACCCACCUAACACCAACACUGGCACAGCCAACCCACCAACACUGCCCUUACCGCUCCCCCGCUCCCUCUCACGCUCCAACUCUCUGCCCCACCCCGCGGUGGCAAACACCUCCAAGGGUCAGGGGGCCUCGGAGGGCAGUGGGGGAGGUGGAGGAGGGGGAGGGAGCAGCGGCGGAGGAAACAGCACCCCGUUCAGUAUCGGCCGCUUUGCCACGCUGUCGCUCCAGGAGCGCAAGUCGGACAAGUCAGGGAGCAGCGGAGGCGUGGAGAAGGAGCACAAGCGUUACCACAGCCUGGGCAACAUUAGCAAAAGCAACGACAAGAUCAAUGUGGCGCCGAGAAGCAAUCGGCUGGACGCUGCUAAGGUCCUGGGCACCACGCUGUGCCCACGCAUGCACGAGGUGCCGCUGCUGGAGCCGCUGGUGUGCAAGAAGAUCGCACACGAGAGGCUGACGGUCCUGGUGUUCAUGGACGACUGCAUCAUCACCGCCUGCCAAGAGGGUCUCAUCUGCACCUGGGCCCGGCCGGGGAAGGCGAACCUGACAGCACAGAACGGGAACUCUCCGAGCGGCACCGUGGUAUAGCUGGAGGAGAAGCUUUGCACUCACCCCUCCCUCCACCUCCUCCCUCGUUCUCAGCCCUCUUCUUUUCUUUCCGACGCUUCUCUCCACUCCUCCUCCAACAUGUCAGACCGUGCCCGACACACUUUAGUAUUAAACCUUCACUGUAACUCUCUUUGCUUCCCAUGACCCAAAAUCUGUCAGAGCCCGACCCAUAUGGAUUUUUUGUGGCCGAUGCUGAUAACAAUAAUAACUUCAUUUAUACAGCACCUUUAAAGUCAUUUAAAAUCAUAAAUCAUAGGGAGUAAAACAUUUCCGAUAUCGUUAUAACGGCGAAUAUAUAUAUAUAUAUAUCAAAAACAAAUUGGUCAUAAGAGGUCAUAAUCAAAAGUCAUGACAAAUAAAUAAACUUUAUUAUAAGCAACUAUAAAUAAAGAAAACACAAAUCCAACCAAAUAUGUAGAACUUCUAUUAAGAAAAUAAACAUGUAAUUAUUUCCAUAAAACAUAAACAUAAAUGCACAUCUUUUCUGCUUUGUUCAUUUUGGCAAACACAUAUAUUUCAAUAUAUUUCAUUGGUCGGGCUCAGUUUCCUGAUAACUUCACUCUCACAGCUGUGGUGGUUUGUUGGGAAAUUCUUCUGAAAGCAGAUAAACGUGACACUUGUUACAAAGUUAACAAGAACAAGAACAAAUACUUGAAUAUAGAGCGUCAGCUAGUUAGCAAUUAGCUUUACUCAGGGUUUGUGGACAUGUACACAACAUGGACAAAAGUGUGUGGACACCUCUUAAACCUUGAAGCCGCUUCGAUCCAGUGAAGAACAAUGUGAACACAUCCACAUACUUUUGGCUGUAGAAUGUAUUUAUUUUAAAUUUAGAUCCACAGAUUCACUGUCCUCCGUCACUAUUAGUUUGUGUAUCAUCAAGCUAUUCUUCACUUCUGUCUUAGCAAUUAUAACACUAUUUAAAAAAGCUAAAGUAUAUUUAGUUAGGUCAGUUUCAUCAGCCAGAUUUUAAUGAUUUUAAUAAACAUCUAAAUACCGGAAACAUUAUUUGACGUGAUGGAACUUUUGAUUUCACAGUGCAGCAUUGAUUCCUUAACAUUUGUAGUAAGAAAUCCUGAUGUUUUUAUGAGCACUGUGCUCUGUCCUCAGGGAGAGUUUCCCAACUCACGCCACAGUGGGAAUAAAGUUUUUUCCCUCUGCCGUCACCUCCCUCCUCCCUGAUGCUCUGCAGAAAGACUGCGUCCAACAAACCGACUCGCCUCUCAGCUCGUAACCCUGAAGGAACGAGGAGCGAAGUCUUCAUCUGUUCUUCAGCCUCUGUUCUUCAGCCUCUGUUCUUCCGCCUCUGUUCCUCAGCCUCUGUACUUCAGCCUCUGUUCUUCAGCCUCUGUUCCUCAGCCUCUGUUCUUCAGCCUCUGUUCUUCAGCCCCUGUUCUUCAGCCUCUGUUCUUCAGCCUCUGUUCUUCAGCCUCUGUUCUUCAGCCUCUGUUCUUCAGCCUCUGUUCUGCAGCCUCUGUUCUUCAGCCUCUGUUCUUCAGCCUCUGUUCCUCAGCCUCUGUUCUUCAGCCUCUGUCCUUCAGCCUCUGUUCUUCAGCCUCUGUCCUUCAGCCUCUGUUCUUCAGCCUCGCCUUCGUCCCAUCCCUCCCUUUUCUCCUUAAUGCAAAAGACACUGCAAAAGCCACGGCCAUUGUAUUUAAGUUAUUUAUUUUAUCACAAGACUGUGUAGUAAUUUAUACUGUAAAUACUGAAAAUACUCUAUAAAUACAAAAAGGACAAAUGUGUAUGGAAAUAAUGACUUGACAACGAGUAAGUGAAGAAAAAGCCGUGAAGAUGAAGAAUAUUAAUAUAUGAAGAUCCUUCUAUUGUACAUAAAAACCACAGUUAAAAGUUGAAUGUCUGCUGUUUUAGGGAAUUUGAAGAUGUCAAAGUGUUUUUAUUUCGUGUGAUAGAGUUUCUCCAGUUUGUCCCUGAAAGUGAGAAGGUUUAAAUCCGUGGAUGGAGACGAGAGUAUCUUGGGGUCAGGAGUCGAUCCUCAGAGCGGUGGCUCGCUCCACGUCUCCGCUCACUGUCCAAAUAAUUCUGCUGACAAACAUCAUGUGGACAAACAGCAUCAAGGCUCACGAUCACACACACACUGUUGCACAUUCCGAACAUGAAAAGGCUUACACGUACUGUACAUGCACGCACACAACAAACUAACACAAACCCACUACUGGUGUAGCAUCAUAUGCAGUUUGCUGUGUCUUGGGCUCCAUUCCUGUUGCACCGGAAUUGCCUCUUGCAAGAAUUUGCACAUACAAUAAACCCACAGUACAUCCUGA